AACAAUUGCCACCGAAUCAAACCAAAGUUAAACAUGGUUAUACAUUCCUUAAACAGAUCUUUUGUUAGUUAGAUUCCUAAAACACAUUUGUCAAAAACUACUUUAGGUUUUUGAGCCAUUAUUUUUUCUCUUUCUUCAAGUGACAAAGAAACAAAAUUAACCCAAACACACAACCCUAGUUCCACAUUAAUUAAUUGAUGGCUACUCUCUGGGUUUUUUCUCCAAUUCAAAGACACAUAAAAUCUUGAGGUGGUGGCCCUUUUGAUUAAAAGGGAAGAACUUUAAUGAUAGGGUGGAAAUUCAAUAAUACAGAAAAGUUCUUUCCUUAUAUUUGCUCUUACCAUGGGUCUCAAAUUUAAUGUUGGGUUCUUAUCUUUCAUGCUAAAGGGUAUAAUCAAAGUAUAGGCUUUAUAAAUUGUGAGGAGAAAUUUCAAGCUAUUAGAUAGAUAUUUGAUGAGCAUGUCUUCAAGCAACAAGGUCAAAGGACUUCUUAAAGGCCUUAGAUACAUUUCUCAAAUGUUUGAAACGGAUGCUACUAAAGAGAAAGAAAUACAAAUUGGAUAUCCCACAGAUGUAAAGCAUGUGGCCCAUAUAGGAUAUGAUGGUCCCUCUGUGAAUUCUCCUAGCUGGAUGAAUGAGUUCAAACAUUCUUCUCCAAGGUCGGCGUCAUCACCUCUUGUUCCCAGCGAUCUUCAAAAUAGAGAACAGGAUAAUUCAACCAACUUCGAAGAUAAAGUGACAAAGAAAAAGGAAUCAAAAGAAUCUCCUACAAAGGAGAAAUCAUCAGACAGGCCUAGACAAUCAAGGAGGUCUUCUAAGUCCAAGGAAUCUCCUUCUAAUGGGCUUAUUCUGGCCCAACAAGCAGAUGUAGAGUCACCAAGAAGUGGCCCACAAGACAUUCCCAAGAAAGGUAGAACAAGGAAGUCAAAAGAUGCUAGUGGGUCCACUAGGCCCAGGACCAAGGACCAAUCUUCAGAAUCAAGUAACUUGAAUUUUGACUCAACACCCAAGUCUAGGAGCAAGCAGAGGCACAUUGAAGAAAAUGAGCAAAUAUGAAAGAGAAACUAGUUAUUGGGAGAGAGGGAAAAAAAAAAAAAAAAACUGAAGGAGGAACUAGUUAGUGUGAUAUCUUUGA